AUCGAAGUUGAUAUGGACGUAGAGCAUGGUGGCCAGACUGAGCGAGUACCGAGACCAAGUCAAACGAGCAGUAAUAAUAACAACAACAACAAUAACGAUAAUAACAACACGAAUAACGAUAAUAAUAACAAUAAUAAUACUGAUAAGAGCAGUGGCAACGAAAAGCAAACGGAUGAGACACCAAAGGAGCCAACAGAUGCCAAGGAAGUCAACGCCGAUAGUGGUGAUGUUGUGAUGACACCGGCGCAUACGGAUGAUGUUGUGACUGAACCAAUGAGUGAAAUGCACAUUUCAAACGAUAAGGAACCAGAGCAACAAGCCGAUAAAACUGUGGGUGAUAAAGAAAACGGCGCUAAGGAACCUGAGGGAAGUGAAAAAGAGAAGGGAAAUGUGAUGUUGGUUGAUAUCGAUGAUGAGGGCAACGACACCGAAAUGUGGACAAUGAUGGACAAGAACGACGUUGAAACGACAGCUAAAACGAAUGACGCAGACAGACAGGUUGCGACAUGCGUGGAACAGCUGGAAGCGAUGGGAUUCGACAACUGCAACGGCUGGUUGACGAAACUGGCGAUGGUUCAUCAGGGUGAUACAACACGUGUCAUCGAGAAUUUGGGCAGUGAUCCGGUGUAUUCGCAACGUCUGCAGGCGGCACUCUGA